GCCGGAAUGAAAAUCAGGACUUAUUCGUUCAUCUAUAUUCUUGUGUUUAUUUGUGACUUAAUUGAUAGAGUGAUUUAUUCGGUCAGAUCAUAUCUGACUUUAUGAUUCAGCCCAAUUUUAAUUCUCCUUCAGCUUCAGACAUCUCCGCAUACGAGCAUCUCCGUUUUAACCCUGAUUUCUCCUUCGUGGAACUGUUCACAGACGGACUGUUUUCUGAUUUCUGGUGUUGAUUGGCUAUGGCUAUGAAAAAUCUGAAAAUACAGUGAUGCUCGUGUUCCCUAGGAGAACAACAUCCUGAAAUUUCAGAAUUUUUUGAGCUAUUUUGCAAUCUGUCGCAACUGUUCAUGGACGGACUGUAUUUUUAAUUCUGGUGUUGAUUAUCUAUGGCUACAAGAAAUCUGAAAAUACAGUGAUGCUCGUCUUCCCUAGGAGAACAACAUACUGAAAUUUCAGAAUUUUUCGAACUGUUUUGCAAUCUAUCGCAACUGCUCAUGGACGGACUGUAUUUUUGAUUCUGGUGUUGAUUGACUAUGGUUAUGAGAAAUCUGAAAAUACAGUGAUGCUCGUCUUCCCUAGGAGAACAACAUACUCAAGUUUCAGAAUUUUUGGAGUUGUUUUGCUUUGGAACGCUACUGUUCAUUCUUGGAGCUUUUUUGGAGCUUUUUUGCACAAACCCGAGAAUGUCCUUGUUGAAGAGGAAGAGGACGAUGAUUCUGAAAGGUUUUUCGACAGAAGCCAUGGUCGUGGCCCACCUGCAAUGACCGCUCAAUCGAAGACAAUGCUCACCCAACGCCACCACCGGAUCACCAAUGAAAUGCCACGACGCCACCACUCCCAAGGUAUCGCCGUCAUCAACAACAUAUGUCGUCGAGGGAUCGAUGUAGAAGGCAAUGGAGUUCCAGAUCUGGCACUUCAUCGUAGAUCUCGCUGCGUAAAACAAAGAAAGGAGAAGACGAUGAGGCGGCAAAUAAUUGAGAAGAAGACGAGGCGGCGGAGUUAGCAGAGGCGUCGGAGGUGGAGUCAUCGAAUCACUGCCGCUGGAGUCUGGCUGUGGUCGCCGGAUUCGUCAUCUUCAGCACAGUCCAUGUCCCUUGCUAGCUGCGAACAAUUUAGCUUGUCGAUGUUCAACGUGGACGGAGGUUUUCUUGGCAAAGGAAGAGUAACGAG